CUUCGCCUCUCGAAGCCUUGAUACCUCGGCUUCAUAGUGCUAUUUGCGAGCUACCGCGUCCACACUCACGUGAAAAGCAGCGUCACGCUGGUCGUUGUACUCACGAGCGAGGUUACUGAAGCUACCGCGAGAAGAUUUGCCGCCGCGGCGCUCGUGCGGCUCGUAAAGCCAAGGUUGGAUCGCUGGCGUAGCAAGGCCUUAUACGGCGGCGCGGCGUCCGGCUGACCCGUUCUGGGUGCCCACGAGCAUUCGCACGCGGCAGCUGUUGGGCGUGGACAAAGCGAAGGCACGAGCACGCAUUGCUGUCGCUCAGCCGCUACCGCGGAAGGCGGUGCCGACGAGGCGCCCGGUGGCCACCUCGUCGGGUAGACCUCGACACACACCGCCGCCGCCGCUGCACAACGAGCGCGCGCGCCCACCCAACCCCCCUCGCAGAAUAUUUCAAAGAUGAAGCUCGCGAUCGCCCUCUGCCUCUCGUCGGCGGCGGCCUUCCAGGCGCCCGCGGCGGCGCCGGCCUCGACGGCGCUCCGCGCCGUCGACGAGUCGACGCUCGGCGUGCAGGCGCCGGCGGGCUUCCUCGACCCGCUCGGCUUCGUCGCCAAGGACGGCCCGGAGGCGUUCGUCCGCCGCCGCGCCGUCGAGCGCAAGCACGGCCGCAUCGCCAUGGUCGCGAUCACGGGCGUGCUCGUGCACAACGCGCAGAUCGAGUUCCCCGGCUACCUCUCCAAGUCGGCCGACCUCAAGUUCUCGGACGUGCCGGACGGCCUCGGCGGCUUCUUCUCCAUCCCCGCGGCGGGCAUCGCCCAGAUCCUCGCCUUCUGCGCGCUCGUCGAGCUCGCGUGGUGGCCCGCGAACAACUACUCGGGCGACUACGGCUGCGGCUUCUUCGGCACGUCGUACAACGACGACCCGGAGACCAAGGCCACGAAGCUCAACGCCGAGCUCGCCAACGGCCGGCUCGCGAUGCUCGGCAUCGCCGGCGCCAUGUUCGCCGAGGGCCAGACCGGCGAGACGCUCGCGCAGCAGUUCGAGAACCUCUCCUUCUCGAUCGUGUAGAGAGGGCCGUAGCUUGGAGCGCUGGCGGGCGUAACGGAAUGUCCUUUUACUUCGUUCUUAGUGCUCCUAGCGUGGCGGAGCGCU